GCUGCUGUUGGCCCCGGUCGUCGUCCGCCGCCGGCAUGGCACACCCCCUGCCGCUUCUUGUGGCCGCGCUCAUCGCCUCGGUGGCAGCGCAGGAGUUCUACCCUGGGGACGCCUGCUUCAACAUGAACCGGUGCGACAACCUGCCCUUGCAGUUCGACCGGUCGGGAGUGUACGUCCUGUCGACGGACCAGGGCUCAAUAUCGGUAUACUGUGACAUGGACAAAGGCCGAUGGACCAACGUCCUCACCAGGGGCAUCGACGGCUCAGGGAACUUAAAAGACCAGCAGAAGUCCUUGGCAUCAGCCGACCUGAGCUCCAACGAGAUGGAGCUGGGGUUCGGAGAGCCUGCAUCGGAGGAACACUUCAGAGGGACGUCGUACCUGAUGCAGCGUCUGGAGGAGCAAUCUCAGCUGCGCGUGGACCUGGUGGCUGAGGAUGGCACCGAGUACUUCAGCGUGUUUAACAAUGCGCAGGCCAGACGUCCGACGGAAGACGGCCCCCGCGGGUUCAUGUUCGAUAAUUUAGAGUACGCGUAUGGAAAUGCCGGUGACGGCCGGCUGCGGACGCUGAACGGAGCCGUCUUCACGUCCACCUGCGAGCCGGCCGUCUGGUUCGCUCUCCCGUCGGAGAGCACGUGUUCGGCCAGCACGGCCGAGGGGUGGCCCGGAUCGGCCGGCUGCUCAUAG